AUGACCGUUUUUUUUCAAUUUAAUUUUGUUUGUGCAUUUAUUGUAAUAGUAUUAUUUAAUUUAUUUAUUUUUAGUUGUAGCAAUGAAUUUUGCAGUAAAACUGACGGCACGUGUUCAGGUGAAUUCGAUGAAAAUUUAGGGAAAAAUAAAUACCAAGAUGAUUUUGCUAGUAAAAUAAUUUCAAAAAUUAAUUUCGCCGAAAGUAAUUACAAAAAUUGUCCGUACUCUAACUGCAGUUGUUUUUUCAAAACUUUGAAAAAUGAUUUGAAACCAUUCAAAAAUGGUAUCACAAGAGAAAUGAUCGACAGUAUUAGGUCCAGAGGUACAACCUACAUUAUUUAUGAAAAACGUUUAUACAGGGACAAAGACUGUUUAUUUCCAUCCAGAUGUAGCGGAAUCGAAUAUUUUAUUAAAAAAAUUAUUUCUCAUUUAAAAAACACAGAAUUAAUAAUUAAUACUAGAGAUUGGCCGCAAAUCAGUCGUCAUUUUAAAUUGUUUGGUCCCGUUUUUUCUUUUAGUAAAACUCAAGAUUAUUUAGAUAUAAUGUAUCCGGCUUGGUCAUUUUGGGAGGGAGGACCUGCCAUCAAAACUUAUCCCACUGGUUUGGGAAGAUGGGAUCUCCAUAGAAAAAAAUUAAGCGAAGAAUCAUCAAAAUGGCCUUGGAAUAAAAAAAAAUCAAUCGGAUUUUUCAGAGGGUCUAGAACUUCUGAAAAACGAGAUGUUCUUGUUUUGCUAUCGAGAAAAAGACCUGAUUUAAUAGAUGCUCAGUAUACAAAAAAUCAAGCAUGGAAAUCAUUAAAAGACACAUUAGGAAAGGAACCAGCUGAAGUAGUAUCGCUGGAGCACCAUUGUCAGUAUAAAUAUUUGUUUAACUUUAGAGGUGUAGCUGCCAGUUUUCGUUUCAAACAUUUAUUUUUAUGUGGAUCGCUAGUUAUCCAUGUUGGAGAAGAAUGGUUAGAAUUUUUUUAUCCAGCUAUGAAACCUUGGAUUCAUUAUGUUCCCCUCGAUGAAAAUGCAUCCGAAAAAGAUAUAACUGAUUUAAUUUAUUUUCUCAAAGAACAUGAUGAUUUAGUUCGAGAAAUUGCUGAACAGGGUCAAAAAUUUAUAAUGAAUCACUUAAGAUUUGAAGAAAUAAAAUGCUAUUGGCGUAACUUAUUAAGAAAAUAUCAAAAACUAUUAACAUAUAAUGUAACACUUGAUGAAUCUCUAAUCGAAAUAAGAUGA